AUGUUGAAAACAGUUUUAUAUCCUAAAGAUUUCGAUUCAGUCUCAGGUUGGAUACCCGAUGUUGGUGAUGGAAGUAUUUUAAAAGAACCGGUAAGAAAUCUUGCAAAUGAUGCCGAUUUAGCUAGAGUGAGAGUUGUUGCUCGAAACACGAUAGAAAGAGUAGGACGAGCAGUUAAUCAUGGAUUCGAAAAACGAGUACUUCAGUAUAAUAAUGUUGUUGAGAAUAAUAGGUGGGGUAAUUACGUAAAUUGGAAAUUAUGUCCUUUAUUCGGUCUGUUGGAACAUAGAAAAGUUUCUAUAGGCUUACCAUAUAAAAUUCAGCUACAAAGAGAAAUAAACGACGAUAAGAUAUUCUUUGGAGAGAAUGGUUCAGAUGCAAAAUUAGAAAUAACGAAUCUCCAACUUUUCAUACCCGUAAUAACACCAUCAAUUGAAGUAGAAACGAAAAUAUUCAACUCGUUAACUAAAGAUAUUGAAAUAGCUUUUCUUCAUCGUAACACUGUAGGUAGCAUGACUUUAACAGGAGAAUCCACCACAUGGCCAAUCACUAACACUAUUAAACUAGCAAGAUAUUUAAUAGUUGGUUUCAAGAACUUACCAGAUUCUCAAACGAAUAACAAUAAUGUCUUUAGAGUGGCAAUGAACCAAACUCAAGAUCCUUUAAUCCAUAAAGUUCAAGUAAGAUUAAAUAACAAUAAUUAUCCUAACCAACCUUUAACAAUUAAUCCAACCACAAAGGAUUAUAAUGAAUUGUAUAGAAACUAUAAAAAUAUGUGUGAAUUAUUCGGAAAUCUACCUCAGUUUGAAUAUGUAGAUAUUGCACUUAAUCAUCCAAUCUUCUGUUUUGAUCUUUCAGCUCACCAAAAAGAUCUUUUCAAAACAGGAGUGAACAUAAAUAUUCAUAUUGAAAAAACACAAGGAGAUGUAACAGGUUAUUGUUUAUUAUUGGAAGAAGCAAAACAUUUAAUUAAAAUAGCAGAUAGAAGAAUAAGAAUUGAGUAA